AUGGUCGCAACCAACGCAUUAGGAAUGGGUGUUGACAUACCAGACAUUGAAUGGAUCAUUCAUGCGGAUGAGCCGCGCGACAUGUUGGAUUAUGCGCAGGAAAGCGGUAGAGCCGGGCGGGACGGGAGGGCAAGUCACGCGAUUUUGGUGACAGGAUAUGAUGAUGAGGUCGAUUCAUUAGUACAAGCGUAUAUCAGUGGUGAGGGCAGUUGCAGGCGGAAGAUACCAAGUUCGUAUUUGGACGGCGAGGCGGACCAUGGUCGAUGCAGAUUCGACGAGGAAUCAUGUGAUUUAUGCCGACCACAUGAGAUUUCGUUCGAGUACGCCGGAAGCCAGGAUAGACAAGUAGUUGAGGCCCAGCGUAGGCGAGCAGGAUCCGACAAAGGAGAUAUGGCAGAACGGUUGGAGGAGCAAUUCAGUACGCAGCAGAGGCAAGCGGCAGCAGUGCGAAUGAGGCGAACCAAGGAGCGAGUGGUCGAAGCAGGUGUAGAGGAGAGAUUGGAGAGGCAGUUAUGGAAGUGGAAAGGAAAGUGCAUUCAUGUAGCAAAUGUGGAGUACCACAAAGCAUGUGCAAUCGAUACAGGGAGAAUGGGAAGGGUAGAUAUGAAAGGGUCAACGGACAGUGUCAAUGGUAUGGCAUCAUGGCAUCAUGGCAUCAAUGGUGUUUGGAUUGCGUCACGCAUACAGGGCAUUGUGGACAACAUGGAUGGAGCGGUUGGCACAGGAUGGCGUAGACAGGGAGUCAGAGAAGGCCGUUAAAGAAUAUUUGGGACAGCGAAAAGACAAAUGUCAGUUGCAGGGAAGUAAUUUGGCGUUUGAGUAUUUAUGGAUCACAGAGCAGAUUGCGAUGUUGGGAGGAUAGGAAGAAAG